GAAGCGAAAUCCCUCCCGGCGGCGGCACAGGAGACGGGGACGCAGUCUUUGUUGGCGAGCGCCUCCCAAAUUCGCUUCACAAACGCAAAGACGCCUAAAAAAAACCGGACGGAGGCAGGAAGCUCCACCUGCUCCCCACGAGAUCCGUUCGGAGCUAACCCUCGGUGUCGCCAUUACCGUUACCGAGUGAGAAGGAGAGGCAAUCCACCACUCCGCUCUUCUUCUUGCAGGAACAAUAUCUGUGAAUUAUUAUGCUAUUUUUCCAUGGUAAAUUGGUAAUCGUCAUGCCGGUAUUCUCAGCUGUGGAAUCUGCCAGAUAGGUGACCAAGAAAAUGGCGACUAGAUCAUCACGUAACAGGAACAAGGUGUCUGACAGUCUAUAUGGCGAAGAUGUAGAUCCAGCAUACAAAAUGUUUUUGGAUCAUCUAAGUAUAGAUGGGGAUAACUUUGUCCUUCAUGUGCCAAAUGGGGACCAUGGCAUGCCUCUUACGGUUAGGUAUGAAGUUGCAAAGCGCAAAGAUGGCACAGAUGUCCCCAACAUUUCCCCAUGCAGAAGUCAGGGUGGUGCAAACGUCUGGCGACCAGGUGUAACAUCAGCCGGGGCUGCUAAUAUAAGUGUUGGUCAGUCCAUUCCACCAAGGGCAUCAUCUUUGGAGAACAAGACCUCGGAGAUUGAUGAAUCUUAUGCUAAAUUUCUGAGCCUUACAAAGAUCGUUGAUGGUUUCAUGGUUACUGAGAUAGAACCUGGUGUUACAAUUGUAUAUGGGCAAGAAGAGGAGACACCUGCUGGAUAUGAUGAAUUGAGAACUGCCAGUUCCACAAAGGAACGAGUACCUUUGACGACUGUCCUUGAAAGCAUGGAGGACGAGGAUGAGGAUUUAAUCUGCACAUGCGAGCAUGAACUUGUACCUCACACUGAAUAUUCUGAUUUCAACGCAUGUGAAGAUGAUCAAGGAGCAGCUCUUGUUCUUCCUAGUGGCAUUACAUCUACAUUUGAUGAAAAACUUGAUUCUUUUCUCAGUCGGCCAUAUGACAGAAAAGAAUUCGAAGAGCUUCUAAGGAAAGCCACUGUCCGGAUGCCUGUGACCAGACAAAGACACUUGCGAAAUGCAUCCAAGUCCUAUGCCACAGAAGUGCCUGGACUAUCAUAUCUUGAUGAGUACCCAGAUCUAGCCACACAAAUAGGCUCCGCUGACUGUGAUGAGAGACGAUUGAACCUCCUGCGAAAAUUCUUCUUCUGGUUGCAGAACUUGACCCACGAGGGGGCGCACAUGCCAUGGAUCCCCAAGGCGGCAGCCAGUAAUCCCAUCACAGUAGACGACUGAUAACAGCGCGGAAUGCUGGCUCCCCUGAGAAAAACCUCCGUUGUCAGGACCGAAGGGUGUUCUGUGCGAGCUCCACUCCUUGCACUUCUCCGUUCUGAUGCAGCAAAGGUGCCUCGGUAGCCACGUACACAUAUCAGCCAUGGCAGCCAAUCAACUGUUGUACACUUGAAUCGCUUCAUAUAAGUCGUGCCGAUGAUAGUAUGCUAGUUCUGGGUUUGUGAUUUAGCCGGUGCUUUUCAAUCUUCGGUGGUCUCUUUUCGUGAUGCUGCUCCUUAUUUCGUAGCAUUUUUAGUUUAUGUGCCAGUUCAAGUUGAGAAAAUAUACGGUGGAAACCAAGUGAUAAAUUGAAUCAACUGAAUUGUUGUAGAAUUGUGGCAAUUGACAAUUUUGAAGCAUCGUAUUAUCA